CAUGGUAUCCAGCGGAUGCGGGUGAUCCUGAGGAAAGGUGGUCAGGCCCUGAUGGAUCACAUGAAAUACCUGCUCGAUGCAUCCAAGCUUGCGGAAGAACCGACGCCCGAGGAACGUGGUGAGUUGCUGGUGCGCCUCAAAGUAACAGCAUAA